AUGGGAACGAUUACUUGCUAUAUGUGGCUUUACCUCACUCACUUUGCCAACUCCCUCGUGAGAUCCGAAAAGUUUGCAGUCAAUGGAAGCUUGGGGGCAUUAUUUGAAGUACCGAACACCUCUCACUUUUUAUCUUGGACAAACUAUACACUUGCUGACUGGCAGAGCUUUCUGGAAGGGAAAAGAUACGGGUCAGGUUCCCAAAACCUUCUUGUGAAAAUCCUCCUCGUCGUGGCGUAUUCCGUUAUCAUAGUGUUCUCCCUCUUCGGCAAUGCCUUGGUGUGUCACGUCAUGGUCAAAAACAAACGGAUGCAUUUUGCCACCAGUCUGUUCAUUGUGAAUCUUGCUGUGGCAGACUUGAUGAUCACCUUUCUCAACACUCCCUUUACUUUGGUAAGAGCAUGGGGAUAAUGUUUAUAUUUAUUGAGAUUAUUGUUUAAAUAGCAUAAUACUUGCAUGUGGAUUUAGCUCCCUUGUGUCUGCUAAAAUUAUUAGGGGGGCAGAGGGCAGGAGCAGCACAGUUUAUUUAAAACUAGUAAUUGAUAGUGAUUGCCUGCAGAAUGGUUGUUCUGUGUUUGCGUGUGUUUAAGAAGAGAGCUGUGAUAUCCUAGCUACUUAUACUAAGCUAGUAAUGUGUUCAAGGUAUCGUUGUACUUUUUAAAAGCACCUCAAAGAUCCAUCAGUAAAAGUCUCUUGCACAAGCUCUUGCAAACCGAAAGGGGAUGCAGAGUGUUGGGUGGAAAUUACUAUCAAUGUAUGCAUAGUUCUUUGAUCCAUUAGGAAAAGCACUGCAACAAGGAUUUAUUGUGUUAUCUAUGGAGGCAACAGGCAUAUAUUCAUAACAAAUGGGAUUCGUUGGCAGCUAAGUUGUUUCCCCAUUUGCAAGAAAGCUAGCCAAAUGCAUUGCUCUCUGCAAUCAGAUCUUAAUAGCUAAAUUAGUUAGCAUCUGCUGGAUGCAUCUUCACGUAGCUCAAUCAGCUCUCAGGGCCCUGAAGCCUUGAUUGUGCUCUGCAGAGUGUACUUCACAAUUUCUAUAGCACUAGGGAGCCACAAUAGCUUGGAUUGUGCGACUGGUGGUCAUCUUCCUGGCACAGAUUCAGCUAGAUUCCCUUAUCUCUGUUAUGCCUGUAGACAGACAAACCAAACCAAAGGCAAUAGAACAACCCACAGCAAAGUCUCUGUCAAACAGAAACCAGAGUGAUUUAUUGGAUGCAGAGCUUUGCUUCUAGUAAGUGACGAAUUAUUGUAAUAAGUACCUGCAUAUUGUAACAAGUAUCUGCAUAGUAUCAUUAUCAAAUUUGUUACUUGCUUUAUCUUGCCCAAGGCAACCCAAAGCAACUUACAACCAAACAAAGAAACAUUCAAAACAUCCCACCCACUUGUGAAAGACCAUAGAUAAAGGCCUGGCUAUAGAGGGAAGUUUUCAUCCGGUACCUAAAGAAAUGUAACAAAGGUGCCAGGCAAGCAUCCCUGGGGAGAGCAUUCCUCAAACAGGGAGCCACCACAGAAAAGGCCCUGUCCUAUUGCUGCCCUCUGGACCUCUUGUGGAGGGUCUGGGGCAGUACAUUUGGGGAGAGUUGGUCCUAGAGGUAUUGCAGUCCUGAGGUAUUUUCAUUUUCAAGCCCUCUGGCAUUUUCAAGUGUUUAAAGCAGAUCACAUGCAUUAGAUAAAGGUAAAGGUACCCCUGCCCGUACGGGCCAGUCUUGACAGACUCUAGGGUUGUGCGCUCAUCUCACUCUAUAGACAGCCAGCGCUGUCCGCAGACACUUCCGGGUCACAUGGCCAGCAUGACAAGCUGCAUCUGGCGAGCCAGCGCACCACACGGAACGCCAUUUACCUUCCCGCUGGUAAGCGGUCCCUAUUUAUCUACUUGCACCCGGGGGUGCUUUCGAACUGCUAGGUUGGCAGGCGCUGGGACCGAACGACGGGAGCACACCCUGCCGCGGGGAUUCGAACCGCCGACCAUGCGAUCGGCAAAUCCUAGGCGCUGAGGUUUUACCCACAGCGCCACCUGCGUCCCACAUCACAUGCAUUAUUUUACUGUAAUUCCUGCAGAAAUCCUGCAAGAUAGGAAAGUGCUACUUUCUCCAUCUUGCAGAUGAUGGGCUGAUAGAGAUGGGGGAGGGUUUCAAUUCAGUUCACAUUUAGAGUCCAGUCUUUCACACUAUCCAAAACACUAUGUGAACACAAGUUAUCCCUAGAAAUUCACACUUCUAUUUAUUUUGCAAUGUGGUUUUCCAACCAAGCAAUGUUUUAUUAUCAUUAUUAUUAUUAUUAUUAUUAUUAUUAUUGCAUACAUUCAGGGACAGUGUACAUAAAAAUGAAUAUAUCAGUGAAAAUAAUGUAAACAUUGGGAAAUUACUUGCAGAAAUGUGCACAUUAAUAAAAAGCUGCAUAGAACAAUGAGCCAGGGGAAGUUUGCAUUAAAACACUGAUGAAUUUUCAUGAGUUUUAUUGGGGUGGGGUGGGGUGGGGGUGGAGAAUCGCAACAGAAAUGUGAUGAACUGAAUUUAAGGUUGGGAAAAUGAGAAACAAGAUUGACAGAAUAUUUUCUCCUUAGCUGAGCAGGAGUGGCUUGCUCAGUCAGGUCUCAGAAAUACUGUGAAGAAUAGCAAGUUAAAAGACAGUUCUUCUGAACUGUCUGGGGUGUGUGUGUGUGUGUGUGUGUGUGUGUGUGUGUGUGUGAGAGAGAGAGAGAGAGAGAGAGAGAGAGAGAGAGAGAGAGAGAGAGAGAAUCCAUUUGUGCUGGAAAUAGAAGUAAGUCCUAUCAAGGAGGAUAUUGGCCGACCACAACCCCAAGCCCUAGUGGGAUUGUAAAAAGUGAAAAUUGUCUUGUUCCUGCCAGGCUCGCUUUGUGAACAGUACAUGGAUAUUUGGGAAAGAGAUGUGCCACAUCAGUCGAUUUGCCCAGUACUGUUCCCUUCAUGUCUCUGCCUUGACCCUGACAGCCAUUGCCAUAGACAGACGCCAGGUGAGGAACUUUUUAUUCCAAAUGGCAAUCAAGAACAUUUGGUGCAUGCUUUAUUUUACUUCUAAAAGCCUUUUUAAGGGGAUAGCCAGCUGGCAGGCCUCACCCAAUAUCCUGCAACAUCUCCCACGAGGAAUAUUAACCCCUUUUCUUGGUGACAAAACCUCCUUCCAGAGCGUUGCUAUUUUGCAGGUGGGAUUUAACUGCAUAUAGGCAAAGUUGGGUUGCGCAAUUAAAGUGAAUUUUGUGCUUGAAGAAGCCCUCCUUUCCCCACCCCUGCACCAAAUCAGACCUUUUCCCCAUAAGGGAAGUGAUGGGGAAAUUCACUGAAAAGUGUAGGAGAUAAAUUUUGUGAUGUGUCAUAUAGUCUCCCCUCAGACAAACAAAAACGAAUGCUCAAUAUGUAGCAGCAGCAGAUGACAUAGAAUGCUCCUGCAAACUUUACAUUUCUUAAAUAAAGCUUUUUCCCCCAACAUGCUCUGCAAACAGGUGAUACUGCAUCCUCUGAAGCCUCGGAUUUCGACUGCAAAGGGUCUUGUUUGCAUCUCCAUCAUCUGGCUAAUGGCCACAUGCUUCUCUCUCCCACAUGCCAUCUACCAGAAAUUAUUCACUUUUGAAUACAGGUAAGGGGGACUUUUUGGCAGGGCAGUCGUGGUGUGCUGGUCCCGGGGGGUUACCGUGCUGCGUGGUCCAAGUCCAGUCCGAGGUCGAGGUAUGGAGGCUGUCCAUCAAGGCUGAAGCGGGGUCCAAGGCAAGGAGUCGGGUGAGGUCAGGAACUCUGGCAGAAGAGCAGGACAGGGUGCAGGCAGGAACAGGUUGCCAACAAUGUUGCUCCUGCAACCUGGGACUGGGCUGGCUGGCUUUUAUCUCCUCUGAGGCAUAGGGCGGCCCCGGUCCACAGGUGACUCGCCUCUCCUGGCCUGGAGACGAGCACUCCUCCUGCGGGAACUUAGUUCCCUCCGCCUAUCAGCCCUGAGCCUCUGCAGCUCAGGAGAGGCUGGAGGGUUACUGGACCCAAAGGCAACCUCACCUUCCCCUGACGGGGCUGAGAGUGGAGCACCUGCAGGCAAUGGGUCCUCUAUCACCUCCGGAGCCAGAGCUGAUUCAGCUGGUCUCUGCUCCUGAGGAUCCGGCACAGGUGAGGGCCCUUCAGGUUCAAGCCCCAACCCCGGCUCAGCUGGUCCUAGAGGCGGGGACUCCUGUGCAGGCUGAGAUUCCUCAGGUUCAGCCUCUGAAUCCGAUUCCCAGGCCAUCACACUUGGGCUUCUCUCAGGUAAUGGCAUCCUUGAGUCAGUGGCGGACUUGGGUAUGAUGGUGCCGUAUGUAAGAACAACAUUUGGAACCCACCCCUUGUUGGGAUACUGCCGGGAGACGGGGGCAUCAGGCAGGCCCCCAGCUGGCUCCAGCCACUGGCCAGCAGCCAGGCGAAACUCCGGUUCUUGGUAUAGCAUCAAUCAGUGACACAAGCCUCAGAUACCCUUAGAGACUUGGCACGCUCAUAUCAGCAGAGUGAGUAACUUCUCACAACAGAAGAGGCGGACAGAGACAUGUGUAAGCAUUAUUUACAGGUGUUUAUUCAGCAUAGUUCAGGAGCAAAGGAAAAAACAUGUCUGCUUCCCUUUGUGUCCAAGCACACAGCAGCAAAGCAAACGCAACAUAGAACGGAAGUUCCCAGCAGACUGUGCUGGAAGUAAACAGGCAUGUGACACACAACAGUCGUGCCCGUUCCCUUUUAAGGUGGAACGGAACUAUAUCCUAACACCCCUGUCCUUUUGCUUCCUUCCCAAAGAUGGGUGAGGAGGGGCACAACUUUGGGAAGGAGGCACGCGGGAAGGAGGCAGGGUCCUAGAGCCCUCUCACCUCUUUCCCAAAGCUGGGAAAGCACUAACUCGAAUUUGGGAAGGAGGUGGGAGGACUCUAGAACCCUGUCAGAGUCCUCAUGUCUUCUUCCCAAAGUCCAUUGGGGGUGGGGAACAUUCUACAGACAGAGGACCACAUUCCCAGCUGGGCAGUCUUUCUGGGGCCACAUGCUGGUGGUGGGUGGAGCCAGAGACAAAAGUGGGUGGAGCAGAAAAAUGUAAUGUUUUUACUGUUGUGCUAGUUCCUGUACAGGGGGACGCAGGUGGCGCUGUGGGUUAAACCACAGAGCCUAGGACUUGCCCAUCAGAAGGUCGGUGGUUCGAAUCCCCGCGACGGGGUGAGCUCCCAUUGCUUGGUCCCUGCUCCUGCCAACCUAGCAGUUCGAAAGCACGUCAAAGUGCAAGUAGAUAAAUAGGUACUGCUCCGGCAGGAAGGUAAACGGCGUUUCCGAGCGCUGCUCUGGUUCGCCAGAAGCGGCUUAGUCAUGCUGGCCACAUGACCCGGAAGCUGUACACCGGCUCCCUCGGCCAAUAAAGCGAGAUGAGCGCCGCAACCCCAGAGUCGGCCACGACUGGACCUAAUGGUCAGGGGUCCCUUUACCUUUACUUUAGUUCCUGUACACACCCCUCUAUCCUUAGCAAGCAAGGGAUGCUCUUUCCAUUCCAGGACACAUCCUAGCUAGGCAAAAACAUUCCAGGUCUGUAUGAAACAAGGCCAGUGAGGGUAGUAGGCUUGGAGAGGGUGUGUGAGGAUGAGUCCCAAGGGCCAGAUAGAGAGGCCGGGAAGCUGGGCCUGCGGUUCCCCACUCCUGAUCCAGAAGAUUCUAUGUUGAGAUUAAUGACCCUCAGGGGUCAAACUCCACAAUUCUAUGAUUCUAAGUGAGGGCUACCCAAAAAUACCCCAGGAGCCAGUUUAUAGUGCCGUCAAUGGGACGCUGGUGGCUCUGUGGUCUAAACCACUGAGCCUUAUGGGCUUGCCAAUUGGAAGGUUGGUGGUUCGAAUCCCUGCAGUGCAGUGAGCUCCCAUUGCUCUGUCCCAGCUCUUGCCAACCUAGCAGUUCAAAAGCACGCCAGUGCAAGUAGAUAAGUAGGUACCGCUGUGGCGGGAAGAUAAAGAGCAUUUCUGUGCUCUCUGGUUUCCAUCAUGGCGUCCCAUUGUGCCAGAAGCGGUUUAGUCAUGCUGGCUACAUGACUCGGAAAGCUGUGGACAAACGCUGGCUCCCUCAGCCUGAAAGCGAGAUGAGCACCGCAACCCCAUAGUCGCCUUUGACUGGACUUAACUGUCCAGGGGUCUUUUUUUUUAAAGUGCCAUCUGAUGAACAACCUAGUGUUUCCUCACUGCUGAAGCCAAGCCAGACGCAAUAGAGAACCUCUAGCGGUCCCCUGGCGCAGCAUGUUAACGGAAUAUCUACCCUUGAUUUGCAGGGAGGAGAUCACCCGAUCCUUGUGCCUCCCCAAUUUUCCCGAGCCAGCUGAUUUGUUCUGGAAGUACCUGGACUUGACAACUUUCGUUCUGCUCUACGUGCUGCCCCUUCUCAUUAUCUCCAUCACCUACGUGACCAUCGCCAAGAAGCUCUGGUUCCGCACUGCCAUCGGGGUCGUGAUGGUCGAACAGUACUUUGCCCUCCAGAGGAAGAAGAUUAUGACCAUUAAGAUGCUGAUGCUGGUGGUGGUGAUCUUCGCUGUCUGCUGGUUCCCUUUGAACUGCUACGUCCUCCUCCUCUCCAGCCAAGUCAUCCACACCAACAACGGCCUGUAUUUUGCUUUCCACUGGCUGGCCACAAGCAGCACCUGUUACAACCCCUUUAUUUACUGCUGGCUCAAUGAGAAUUUCAGGGCAGAGCUGAAGACCUUUCUUAAGGUCUGCCGGAAAUCCCCAGAUCCAAGGGAGCAAAGGCUUCCGUCUCCUGCUGGUCUGCCGUGCAGGGCAGCCUGGCCACAGAGAGAUCACCGCAAGGGUUUACAGGUCUCCCUUGACCUCCCGUCCACCUCCAAUUUUCAGCUGAGAAAGAAUGACAUCACCGCUGUGCAGCCUAUAGUUGCUGUGACUUGAGCAUUGAAGCAGACUAAUUGGGUGGUCUAUGGCAGCACUGCAAGGAGGCCUUCUCCACGUCUGAUGGACUGGGCAACUGCGCAAAAAGCUCUGCCUUGUCCUUUAGUGUGUGUGGCUUUGCUCACUCGCUUGAGUCUUUCGAAGCUCUGAAGAACCAUGUGUUUGCUCCCGUGUUGUGCUCCUGUGAGAUUCAGUGAUAUUGCAAUGGAUGGAGAUUGCAAUGGCAAGAGGUUGAUGUCAAGGAUAUUCCUUUGGGGCAGAGAGUUAGCCCUUCUAAAUCCUCCCAGCUCCAUGGUUCUGGGUCCACCACACUGCCAAUGAUGGGCAGGAACCAAUCUGGCAGCUGCUAAUGACAUCAAGGCUAGGUUUUCACAUGUGAUGGAGGGGUUGGCAUUAUUCUCUAAAGAGAUAAGAGCCAACUAGGGGUCAGGAGCCAAGUUUUGUUGAGUGAUACUUGACAUUAAAGAAAGCAUCCCGGACUAAGAUUGGUUAACCACUUUGUGUUCCCAUCACACACGCAGGAACGAGUCUCAGUGCCCACAUUUUAUCCAGCAAUAGGCAGACAUAGACUUUGCUGUUUGGGAAAGGCAUCUACAACAAUUUUGAGAGUGGCAUCCCGAAUCCUGGCCAAAAUAGAUUUUAGGGGACGCUUUGUCCAGAGACUUAUCUCAGAGUGUUUCACCCCUGAAGAAAGCCUUUAUUUGCCUUUGCAGUUGAGUUAAGCAACACAAUAACCUUAAACCCACUUCAAGGCUGAGAAACUAAAUGGAGAAAAUGAAGCGAGAACACAAUUCAGUUGACAUGUAUUUUAGUUGCAAUGGCUCUUGUUGAUUAGUUGUUGUCAGUGCUACUUUCUGAGCAAAGUCAUGGAGUCUGCAGAAUAGGCUUCUUGCUGUGACUAAAUUAUUUUUUGCAAUGACUAAGCAUCGUUCAGCCUUUGUUUUCCAAUGUGUGAUGGUGUGACAUUUGAAAAUAAUCACCAGGGUUUUAAUGCAUUUUUUAGCCCUAGUUUGUUACGCUAGGGUUCCUGUAAAAGCUUGCUUUAUGAAACAGCAAACCAACUGCAAGAAAGCUCGUUCUGUGACUAAAUAAUAAAGACUAUUUCUGUUACCAGCUGCCUGGGUCCUCUGAUUCCAUCAUACUACACGUGGGUCUCCAGAUGUUGCUCUACUAGAACCCCCAUGAUCUCUGGCCGUCAGCUGAGCUGGCUGGCAAUGAUGGGAGUUGUAGUCCAACAUUAUCUGUGGGCCCAAACUUGAAGAAUUCUGGAGUAAAUCAUUAGUGCAGCUGGAUAAGCAUAGCUCAUACAUGAACUAUGCUGCUAUAGAUGGAGGUAAUAGGACAUUAAAAAACAACAAUUAGCACAUCGCAAUGUUCAAGAGCAGUGAUGUGAGCAGGACAGGGCUUUAGGACAGAAGGGCCUGAAAUUCAGCAGGGUUGCAUACCCUCCCAAGUGUCCCGAUUUUUCAGGGACAGUCCCAGAAUUACAGAAGCCGUCCUGGUUUCUGAUUUAAUCCCGGAAUGUCCCAGUUUUCCUUUCCCCUCCCCUUUGGAGUGUGUGUGUGUAGGUG